UCAAGGUGUUCAUAACCAACAUCUAUAGGGCCCAUUGUCCACUAACUCAUCGUCACUUUAUUCAUUGAGAUGAUCAAAAUCACCAAUCACCGAUUGUUCCAACAAUUGGGUAGAUUACAUGCGUCAACUAUUUUUUAUUCGCCUCUCCAAGCCCAACAGCCAACAACAGCUCCUUCUCGUGAUUAUAUGACAUUAAGUGAGGUUAAAAGUCUCAAAAGAAGACAUUUCCUAAGAUCAUUCACAACGAUGGAAGCCAAUACGUCGCUGUAUAUACUCCCUAAUAGUCAGCCGAUAGUGACAUUAGAUUGUGACGUCGCCUUUAAUGCCCUGACGAACAACGAGAAGCUGUAUUCUCAUUAUUUGAGCAGAGCAGCCUGGACAGGAAGCCUGAUCGUCUUCGUGCAGACGUCCCCUGAGUCACCCGUGAUUUUUGCUCUACUGCACAAGAUUUUCCUUGGGGAAAAGAUUGGGGAGCUGAAAAGGGCCGCUGCCGAAGCCGGAGUCAGCGAUGAUGAUUUCACUGCCUUCUUGGUGUACACCUGCGGUGUCCUCUCCAACACCGGAAACUACAAGUCCUUCGGUGACUCCAAGAUAAUACCAAACCUUCCAAAAGAUAAAUUCCUCGCGAUAAUCAAGUCCUCCAAGGCCUAUAAAGCGAACUCCCCAGCUAUGGAGAAGAUCUGGAACAGUUGCAGUGAGGGAAUCUACUCUCUCACCGACAAGGUCAAGUCCCUGGGUCUCGGUGACAAUGGAAUCACCACAUAUUUCUCUUCAAACUGCGAUGACACAGACGCAGCUCUGGUUAACGAGUUUAUGCAGGCACACUCCCUCGAGGGCUACAACACACGGUGCUUCAAAACCAUUGAGGACUCCCUCACCGUCUACGACAUAAAGCUCGCUUCCCACCUGGAGAGUGAUGACCCAGCCCUCACCAUUACCGAGAGCCUUUUCAAGAACGUCAAGUUCAAGGUGUCAAGAGGGGACUACAGCAAGCUUCUCCAGAAAACAAAUGAGUAUCUCGAGAAGGCUAGGGAUCACGCAGCCAAUGACACCGAGAAGCAGAUGAUUGAUAAAUACAUCAGUCACUUCAGAACAGGAUCACUAAAUGAUCACAAGGACGGCUCACGAUUCUGGAUAAAGGACAAAGGUCCUGUAGUGGAAACCUACAUUGGCUUCAUUGAGACAUAUCGAGACCCGGCUGGCCAACGCGGGGAGUUCGAGGGUUUCGUAGCAAUGGUGAACAAAGAGACAUCUAAAAAAUUCGCAGACCUAGUAGAGAAAGCCCAGGACUUCCUCCCAGUGCUGCCCUGGAACAAAGAUUUCGAGAAAGACGUUUUUCUGCGUCCAGAUUUUACGUCCCUCGACGUCCUGACAUUCGCGGGCUCGGGUAUUCCCGCAGGCAUCAACAUCCCCAAUUACGACGAGAUAAGGCAGAGCGAGGGAUUCAAGAAUGUCUCCCUUGGGAACGUUAUUCCCGCGAAUAUGAAGCAGGAUGUCAUCCCAUUCUUGUCUGAGGCGGAUCAGGCUCUCCUGAAUCAACACAGGAUCUCCGCAAUGGAGGUCCAAGUAGGCCUUCACGAGCUGCUGGGUCAUGGCAGUGGAAAAUUGCUGAGAAAAACUCCCGAGGGCUUCAACUUCGACGAGAAGACAUUAAAGAAUCCCCUCACCAAUGAGCUGAUUGAUAAGUAUUUCUUGGAGGGAGAGACUUAUGACUCUAAAUUUGGAGCCAUGGGAUCCUCGUACGAAGAGUGUAGGGCUGAGGCUGUGGGUCUGUAUAUGUGCCUGGAGAAGGACAUCCUCAAGAUCUUUGGCCAUGAGGGAAAAACAGCUGAUGAUGUUAUCUAUGUCAAUUGGCUAGCGUUGCUGUGGAACGGAUGUGCCAAGGCCCUUGAGAGCUACAGCCCAGAGAAGAACAAGUGGCUCCAGGCCCAUUCUCAAGCUAGAUAUGUGCUCCUCAGAGUCUGCCUCGAGGCAGCUCAGGGCUUUGUGAAGGUUGAGGAGAUCGAGGAAGGGAAGAACUUGAGGUUCACUAUGAACAGGGAGAAGAUUAAUACUGUGGGAAAGGAGGCAGUUGGAAAAUUUCUGCAGAAACUCCAAAUUUACAAGAGCACUGGAGACUUUGAGAGCGCCAAGACGAUGUAUGAGGCGUACUCUGAGGUGCCUGAGGGUGGAAAACAUCCCUGGAGAAAGUGGAGAGAGAUUGUGCUCGCUCAUAAGCAGCCGAGGAAGAUCUUCGUUCAGGCGAAUUCUUUCAUCGAGAGUGGAGAGGUCAAGUUGAAGAACUAUGAGGCGACCUUUGAAGGGUUCAUUCAGUCCUGGGUGGAGAGGUUCCCCGAGGCUGAGACUGUGGAGAUGAUGCUGCAACUCGCUGAGAAGGAUAGACCGUAUUUUGAGACUAUUUAGAGGUCUAGCUUCCCAAAAGACUACAGGGGAGUUUCUUUCAUUCAAAUUAUUACAUUUUCCUUAGGAGGUAGGGCCAUGCUCCUAUGUACAUUUGUAUUUUUUGAUAUGUUUGAUUUGACGAUAAUUAAUAAAAAUAUUUUGCAGCA